GUGGGGGGGCGUUCCACCAGAGGCGGUGGUGUUGCCGGUGGGAGGGAGCGGUGGGUGGUUGCCGGUCUGGUCUCUUGGCUGCUUGCUACACUUGGCCAGUGGCAGUGGCAGCGUCAGCGGCAACAGCAACGGUUUCAGUUCAAUUUCGACUGCCCGACGAGCAAGUCUCUCCCGCAUUUCUCAUCCGCAAUCCGGUCGGUCUGUCGGUCGGUCUCUUCUCCUCCGCAUCUCCGAAUUUCUCAGUGCUUGUCUCUAGUGUAUCUCCAAUGUGUUCAGUGUGACAAUUUUCGCCAAAAAAAAAAAUAACAAAAAUUGUCCCCAAAACCAAAAAAAAAAAUAAAUAAAAUAAAAGAAAAAUUCCAAAUGAAAUAAAAAAGAAAAUUUACAAACCAAGGCUGGCCCGGCCACAAAGGAAAAGUCACUUGUGAAAAUAUAAAUAUAAAUUCCUGCGUCAACUGUCACCGACGGCGGCAUUUUCCAGCGCAAUGUUAUUUCCGUGCAUUCGGCGAUUUUAGUGUGGUAACACAUUUUUGCGCUUCGCUUGAAAAUGCUAGAGAUGGCCCCAAAUGGAUUCAGUCGGACAGUGGCGGCGGCGGCUGCCUAGAACGAAAUAGAAAAUAUAAAACGGAAGCCCGAAAACCUAAAACCGUAACCGAGACCUCAGACUCGAAAAUAAUGUGCAGCAGCAACAGCGGGCACUGAAGUUGACAAGACUUCACCACAUCCACACACGCCCACACACCAUACACCAUACACCCACACUCGCACACAGAUACCCACUAAUACACACAUCGAGGAACUAAAAGGAUAUAUAAUACACUUAUUUUUUGGGGGGGGAGCGGAGUACAACAAUGGUCAUCCAGUGCACAUGUGAUUGCAACUGCAGUGAUAGUAGAGAUAACCGGAGCAUCAUCUCCUGCCUGCUCCCCGGAAGAAGCCAGCCGUAUAAACUGGAACUGGGAUUGGGAUUCGGAUCUUCGGCUGUUGGGGGCGAUGAUAUGGAGCAUAGGAUUCCGUACUAUCGCCGAUUAUCGAAUACCUCAUCGGCGCUGUAUGGCAGCUGUCCCCAGUUAUUACCCAGUAGCAGCACCACCCAUAUUAGCACCGGCAACACCACCACCACCGCCAACAGCAACCACCAUUCCUGCCAACGGAAUUUGAAGAAUCGCGAUCAAUCGAUUAACUUGGAAGAGCGACAAUACUCGAGUCUGGUGAGGCCCAAACAACGGAGUCCGGUGUUGUGCAACAAAUGUGCGCUGUGACGAAGAUACAAUCUGAGCUGUGAGCACCCGAAAACCACGGGGAAACAUCAGGAAAUCGGCACCACCAACGCCAACGCCAACGUCAACGCCAUCGACAACACCACCAUCAGCACAACCAUUCAAAAGGACAACACGAGCCAGCCGAAGGCAGAAAAGGAUUUAAAUCACACUCCUAGCUAUUUGUGCCACGAGUGCCGUUUCAAUAAUCAGCCAUUGGCCUGGUGGGUCUCAUGUCCCCGGCUCUCCCACUUACCCACAGCAACUACUGCUGGUGCUGGUGCUGCUGAGCAAACGAAAAUGCAGUCCACGGGAACGCCCAGUCGGCAUUGUGGAGGCGUUGGAGGUGGCACCACCACUAACACCACAACACCGCCCACUCUACCGCGCUUUCCCAGCAAACGGCAUUGUGACAAUUUUGGUAGCUAUGCCACAUUGCCCACCAUUGAGCAGCAGCAGCAGCAGCAGUUGCCCCACUGCAGUCGACACGGAGGAGGAGUAGGAGGUGGGGUUGUAAGCUCUGGGGUAAGCGGCAGUGUAAUGCCAGCCCCACCACCCCCACGCUACGCGAAUCCCAAUUUGAAUGGCUGUUGUUAUAUGUACAACCCCAUGCCCACCCACCAUCAGCAGCAGCAACAGCAACAGCAGCAGCACCUACAGCAGCACCACCACCUCCAGCACCAACACCAGCAUCAGCACCACCCCCACCAAUACGCCCCGCCGCAAUAUUGCCUCUGCGAUAAUUGGUACCAUCAGUCGCAGCAGCAUCUCCACCAGCAGCACCACCAACAAAGGAGCAAGCCCCUUUUGGCCAACGGUGGCUGCUACUUUGGCUAUGAUGCCCAUCACGCGCUCCAGGCACCGCCUCCGCCCCAUCCCAGCCACAUUACGGACGAGGAGGAUUCGGCGUUUCCAGGAUUGGCCGAUCGGGAGUUCCACCUGCUGCACCGGAACAUUCCGGCACUGCGUCGCACUGGCGUGGACACCACACGCAUUAGACAGUACUUUUAUCCCGACGGUGGCUGGGGUUGGAUCAUUUGCGGUGUGUCCUUCCUUGUCCACGUCCUGACCACAGGACUGCAGCUUAGCUACGGCCUUUUGUUGUUCUAUGCUGUCGAGUAUUUGCAUAAUGCCAGUGGAGUAGAACUGUUGGGCGCCCUGAGCUGGUCAGUUUCCAUGGUGGCCACAUCGUUUGUGGUCUCCCUCUGCCGUAAACGCUCCAUCCGUCUCCUCUCCAUUGUGGGUGGCCUGGUGAUGCCCCUGGGCAUACUGUUCACCUCAUUUGCCACGGAAUUUGGCCAGGUUGUUUUCAGUUAUGGCAUCGUGUUCGGCGUGGGUGUGGCCAUGGUCCGGGAGGCAUCCACCGUGAUGCUGGGCAAUUACUUUAAGCGGCGCCGUCAAUUCGUCGAAAUGGUGGCCAUGUCCGGCGAGGGAGUGGGCAUCGCUUUGUUCUCCGUCAUUUUGAAGGAGGGCGUGGGCAAGGCCGGCUGGCGCCUCGGCCUCCAAAUCGUCGCUGCCCUGACGGCCCUCAGCUUCUUCAUGGGCCUAAUGUACCGGCCCGCUUCCCUCUACCAUCCCCAGCGUCGGGCCAUUCAACAUCUUAAAAAUCAGCGCAAAAAGAUGCGAGAGAAGAAACCAAUCCUCAGCCAGGAGGUGGAGAGCACACCUAGAUACUUAUUUUUGGACAUAUCAUCACUGAAGUCGGUGACUGUUAAAAUUUUACUUAUGACCUCCAGCGUGGCCUCCUUUGGCAUUUACACACCCAUGUUCCUAAUGGCCCUCAACGCCGCCGAGCAGGGCUCUGACGUCCAGGAGUUGGUCCUUCUGCAAACUUUCCUAGGAAUUUCCAUGGCUUUGGGUGUGGUUAUAGCCGGUGCCCUGCUUCGACGCUGUUUUGUGAUUAGGCACUUUGUGAUCAAUACCAAAAUUGUCACCCAGCUCUUUAUCUCUAUUGUGGCCUUGGCUAUCCUUUUUCUGUCCUUUGUCAUGGGCUACACAGGACUCUGCAUACUAAGCUGGCUGUACGGCAUAGGUCUGGGUGGCUUCCAGUACUCCCUUAAAAUUUUGGCCCUUGAACGCAUUAAGCUGAAGCACUUCUCUAAGGCUUGGGGUUUCAUACGUGGCGUCGAGUCGGUUCCUGUGCUGAUAAGUGUGCCACUCACAUCGUUUCUGAACGAUUACUCCCUUAAAUACGGUCGAGCUGGUUACUAUAUAUGCUCGGCGGCAGCGGCUAUCUCGGGAAUUAUUAUCUUUUUCAUAAGCGAACCGCAGCAUCAGCAGCAGCAGCAGCAUCAUCAGCAGCAGCAACAGCAGCAGCAGCAGAUGCAUCAUCAUUAUCAGCACAGAAACGGACACUUACCGACGCCCAUGCUGGUCCGGCACUCCUCCGCCCGCCAGCACCGCCCACACAUACCACAGUUGGACUACGGUUACGGGGAGUAUCCUGCCCCGGAUCUCCUCAGUCGCAGUUGCAUUAGCCUCAAUCAAAUGGAACCCUAUCUGCAGACCAACUAUUGCCAGCGUCACAUGUUGCAGCAACACCAGCAACAGCAACAGCAGCAGCAGCAACACUCCCACCUGCAGCAAUUGGCCUGCCAAAAUCUGGAUGUGCAACAGCAGCAGCAGCAUCAGGUAAGAGGAGCCUAUCAAUUGGGACAAGGAAGCAUUGGCGCCAGGAUGGGGAAGCGUUUGCAGCGCAGCCUGUCCUUCAUCCAGCAGCACAACUGCUGUGAGGGACAGAACAUGUACUGCAGCUGGCACAGCACCUACGAGCUGGGCUGCCACAAGAGCAACAAGUCCCCGGCUCUGGACAGACAGCCAUUGAUAUGCACCUGCAGCAGUCCGAAUAACAAUCCAACCACCUAUGGACAAACCACCACCCACUCCACCCGGAGUCGGAGCGUUCCGGAGGGUCUAUCCACGAUGUCACAGCAGUGUAACUGCCGGCACGGCUCUGGAACCAUUCCGGGUCUAGGACAGGGACCGGGAUCGGGACCCACGCGGGAGUUCAUCUACGUGCCACAUGCCUAUGCCUCGUUACAAAGGACCCCCACCCACCGCCAGGGCCAGCGGAGUGGCGAGGCUGGCAGCUUAGGGGGCGGUGGUGCCUGCUCGGCAUUGCGGAGCAAUCCACAGUGCCGGCUGAAGCGCUCCCAAUCCCUGUGCCGGCCCACAGCUGUGCAGUUUGUGGAGCAAAUCACCACGUCCGUGUAAGAAAAGAGGCGGUGAAAAGUGCACUCGGAAAAAUUAUGGCCUUAGACUAUAUAAAUUAUUAAUUUAAAUGCCAAGAAGACAAAAUAUAUGUUACUUACUAAAGAGUGUUCGAGUUUAAGUUUAUUUGAAAAAUGAAUCACUAUUCCAUUUUGAAAGUCUUAAAACCAUACUACUCUCAAAAGGUUUUAAUUUCCUACUCUCAGGUUUCAUGUUUAGAAAAAGAAACAAUAUUUACAUAUUAAAAUUUAUUUAGGUGCUAAAAUAUAAUCAAUUAAAAAUAUAUAAAAGUACUAUCUUACCAGGAAGGAAGGCCUAUUUUCUCCGAGUGUUACUAAACCCAUAAAAAUGUGAAAAAUUCCCCGCAACAAUUGGGUCCUAUAAACUUAUAUUUUGGUAUUAUAGUCA